GAAAGCUGUGCCAUGUCAGCCAAGGCCAAAGCCUAUCUGGCACCUCCCAGCUAUUGGUCCCCAGUGAGUGCCCCGGGCACCACCUAUGCCCCGGUCUACUCCGCCCCCGGCGUCGCCCCUGGCGUCGCCCCUGGCGUCCCCAAGGGCAUUCCCCUGCCGCGCCCAGUGGUGACGCUACAGGUGCCGCCAAAGGCUGCUCCUCAGAGAACUGAAGAAGCCAUUCUGGACCUGAAAGAUCAGAUCGGAAGCUUGCGAAAGGACUUGUCCAAUGUGCGCGAGAACGUCGACGAACAAUUGCGGCGUUCGGAAGAGCAGGAGGAAGAGUUGGCGCGCGCCCUAAGGCAGCGCAUGAACUCUCUAUGCUCGGAGUUGGCAGACUGUGGCAUCGAGGCAUUGAAAUUGUGUGCCAACUUGGGCCAUCGUCCCUAUGGUGAAGCCAUCCUCCGCAGCCGCAGCGCCCCUGGCGGUCGCUUCUGGCGCGCCUCAGCGCCCGCAGGUCCUGCGCCAACGCCGCGGCUCAGCGGUGGCGCUGCGCCGGCGGCGCGGCUGUUCACCGGGCCGCCAGCGGUGUGCGGCGGAAGCGCCACCGCGCCGCAGCAAAGUGGUCUGAUUUCAGAGAAGCUCCUUUUGGCCCAGGAUCCACACGGCGCCGUGGAUGACGCCGCUGCCUGGCGCUGGCCCCGCGCCCGGGGUCCCUGGCGCCGCCGGGGCCACCGCGCCGAUUCCGCAGCUGGGCCUCUCGCCGCGGCGGCCGUCGCCGGCCCGGCGCCACGGAUGGCCUGGACGGAGCCGGGACGGCGCUGUCAGCACACGGCGCGGGCGGUGACGGCCUCGGGCACCAGCUUGACGCCAAGCGCCAGCAGUUGCAACGUCCUGCUGCGCCCCCCGCAGCCCAGCGCCUCACAACCGCUGUCGCCCAAAGAGACGUUGACGCUGCCCGGGCGCCUCCCAUCGCCCAAUGGCCGUUAUUUGCACCGGCCUUUCGAUCAAGACUCCGUGUCAAAUGCCAAGGCCGGCGAUUCUUCGCUGAAGAGCUCCGCAGAAAACCUGCUGAAAUUGGAGGACUCUGUGGGGGACUCCACCCUGGGCGCCGCCGGCGCCGGCUACGGCGCCCGUAUCCGAGGCCCCCAGGGCCCGCAGGGCCCGCAGGGCCCGCGGGUGCAGCUACCGAUGGCGGAUCUGCCGCCGGAGGUCUUGAGACGACUGCGCAAGACGGCUGGCAGCCCACGCGCGCGAAAACUUCGUGAGCAACUUGCAGCACACCGAGAAGCCAAGGAGGCAGCUCGACAGCGAUCGCGAUCGGUGAGUGCAGGAAGGGAGUCCAAAGCCAUGGUCCCUUUGAGAGAAGGAUCUCCGCUGGGUCAAGCUGCGCAGUGGCACAAGCCCGGACGGAUUCACAGUGCCAUGAAGGAACCACCCGCAGGUGCUUGGUCCCCUCGCCGGCCCUCACGGCACUGGACAGUCCCAAACGCGACGCCGCGGACACGACGUGUGACCCAGCCCGGCAAGCCCAGAGACAUCGGAAUUUGGCAUCCUGAUCCUGGAAGUCAUGCAAUUUACCGAGCCAUAGACAUUGUGAAAGAUGUGAAAACACAUGGAUAUUAUAGCCAUUUUAUACCAAUGAUAUAG